UCCCUGCCCCCCAAGGCAGCCUCCUAGUGUUUCCUUUCCCCUCCCCUCCCCUCCUCCUGCGACCACCACCGGCCACCCCCUCGAUCUCCUCCCCCAGGCAAGCGAACGCGGGGGCGGGGGCGAGCAGCGGCGGCCAGCUCCUCCAACACCUGCCCGCUUCGGCCGUGAAAGCUGUCGCCAAUGUCUGAAAUGGAGUCCGUGGCAGCUCUCAUGGAGUCGACAAGCUCUAAGAUACAACAGCUUCAGAGGGCGUUUGCUGAGCUUGAGAGCCAGAGUGUUGUUUCCAUGAACUUGAAGUGGAAGCAACUUGAGGACCAUUUCCAUGGGCUUGAGCAGUCACUCAAGAAAAAGUUUGACGAACUGAAACAGCAGGAAAAGGAGUUCGAGGAAACGAUUGCAAAAUCGGAGGAGAUGCUGCAGCAAAGGGAGGUAGCUGUUGUGGCUAAGGAACUGACUUCCCUGGAAAGGUUGCAGGAAAAGAGAGAUGCUGCAUUAGCUAUGAUCUUUGGCAAGUCCAAGCUGUCCUUGCCUGUUCCUGCCAUCAACCCAAUGAACAAGGCGCUGGAUAAUCUUGGUGUGAGGUUGCCUACACUUGCUCCUGAAGAGAGCGUGCGCCUGCAAGUUGACAAUGCUGCAGUGAAGCCUCGUUCUGAACUUGUUGUGCUCUGUGAGGAAAUGGAUGUUAAGGGCCUUCAUAAGUUCAUAUCAGACAACAGAAAGAACUUAACAGCCAUCCGUGAGGAAAUUCCAAGUGCACUCAAGAGAACAUCUCAUCCAUAUGACUUGGUUCUGGAUUCCUUGGAAGACUUUUAUUCUGGAGAUAAUCUAGUAUUGGAUGGCAAAAAGGAUGGAGACCUUCUGGGUGUAAGAAGGACGUGCCUGAUGUUGAUGGAGUCACUUGGACAGCUGCAAACUGAUGAUGUAGCUGGUUUCUCUUCGGUGGAGCUCAUGCUUACAACUAAUAUCAAAGAACAAGCAAAAAAGAUUGCGUUAGAGUGGAAGUCAAAAUUGGAUAGUCUUGACAUUGAUGCCAGUAAUGGAAACUGUCUUGAAGCUCAUGCAUUUCUUCAACUCCUGGCUACCUUUGGUAUUUCUGCUGAAUAUAAUGAAGAUGACCUGUGCAAACUACUUCCUUAUGUUAGUCGUCGUCGUCAAACACCUGAACUUUGUCGAUUGCUUGGGUUGUCACAGAAGAUGCCAGGUGUCAUUAGAGUUCUGGUGGAUAGUGGAAGACCUAUUGAUGCAAUAAAUCUGGCUUAUGCAUUUGGGCUCACUGAACAAUUUGAACCGGUGCAAUUGCUGAAAGCAUAUCUGAGGGAUGUUAGGAAAGUGUCACAUGCCAAGAAUGUGAAAAUGUCUCCUGGAGUGCAGAAUGAGAUGAAUGAACGUGAGUUAUCCGCACUGAAAGCUGUCAUCAAGUGUGUCGAGGAACACAAGCUUGAGGAGCAAUACCCUGUGGAUCCACUUCAGAAAAGGGUUUUGCAGCUUGAGAAAGCAAAGGCAGACAAGAGGAGGGCUGUUGAAGCAGCAAAGCCACAGUCCAAGAGGCCUCGUGCCAACGGAUCGGUCUUUGCACCACGUGUCACCAGCUUUGCUGACAAGAGCUUCUACCCAGCAACCGCAGAGAGGCAUCCCUCCUACCCUUACGAGAGGCAGUUUGUGUAUGGUGCUGAGGCCCAUCAUCCUCCAAUUAUGAGCUCAGCACCAUACACGAUCCAACCUGCCCAUGCACCUUACUAUGGUAAUGCCUAUCCAGUUCAGUACCAGGUUCCGUAUAUCCACUAAUGGGGAGAGCCUGGUGCAGGUGUUCUUUCCUAACUAUGUAGCUCUUAACCUGCUGCUCUUUGUUGUAGUCCUAUCAGUUACUAGGUACUUUGAACUUCCAUGGAAGAGAAGCAAAUGAAACGCUUUCAUAAAAAUUCUCGUAGAAUCGAGAAGGAAGUUGCCUAGAUGAAAAUAGUUGGACCACUCGUGUGCGCGCGCGCGCACGCCGUGAGUUGCUAUUGUGAAAAUCUGUUAAUUUUAUGUCCUCAUGACGUAUGACAUAAUUUACACCUAUUGUUUAGCUAUGAUGAAUCUUACUAUGUACUUCCUUUGGCA